ACUCAGCCUGAAGCCUCUACUCAGCCGGAUGCCUCUCUUCAGCCUGAUGCCUCUACUCAGCCUGAAGCCUCUACUCAGCCUGAAGCCUCUACUCAGCCUGAUGCCUCUCUUCAGCCUGAUGCCGGGUACGCAGCCUGAUGCCUCUCUUCAGCCUGAUGCCUCUACUCGGCCUGAUGCCUCUAACUCGGCCUGAAGCCUCUACUCGGCCUGAAGCCUCUACUCGGCCUGAAGCCUCUACUCGGCCUGAAGCCUCUACUCGGCCUGAUGCCUCUACUCGGCCUGAAGCCUCUACUCGGCCUGAAGCCUCUACUCGGCCUGAAGCCUCUAUACUCAGCCGGACGCCGGCAUUCAGCCUGAUGCCUCUACCCAGCGAUCCUAUUAGGCCAGUUGACUCGAUGCCGCUGUUGAUCCAGAUGAUCCGGUACCUGAUCCCGGUGCCCGCUGUCGAGCCAAAUGACCUGAUGCCUGGUGACCCAGUGCCCGCUGUCAUACUGGUGAGACCCGAUGCCCGCUGUCGAGCCAGACAAUCCGGUACCUGAUGAC